GCCGCCGCGGUCGCCGCUGCCACCGGGCUAUAAAAGCAGCCGAGCCCGGAAAGGUGCGGAUGCUUAUUAUAUAGACCGACGCGACCUCAGCGCCGGGAGCCCGGUUCUCCACUGCGGCUUUUGGGAACGAACUCCUCGAAUUGCCUCCACAGAGGUGUGCGUGGAAGCUCUGAGGGCCGAGGGAGGGAGGACCGUGCGACAGCCGCGACUAUCCCUGGGGCCAUGGACUCGGACGCCAGCCUGGUGUCCAGCCGCCCGUCGUCGCCGGAGCCCGAUGACCUUUUUCUGCCGGCCCGGAGCAAGGGCAGCAGCGGCAGCGGCUUCACAGGGGGCACCGUGUCCUCGUCCACGCCGAGCGACUGCCCGCCAGAGCUGAGCGCCGAGCUGCGUGGCGCCAUGGGCGCUGCGGGCGUGCACCCCGGAGACAAGCUGGGCGGCGGCGGCUUCAAGUCCUCCUCGUCCAGCACCUCGUCGUCCACGUCGUCGGCCGCUGCGUCGUCCACCAAGAAGGACAAGAAGCAGAUGACGGAGCCCGAGCUGCAGCAGCUACGCCUGAAGAUCAACAGCCGCGAGCGCAAGCGCAUGCACGACCUCAACAUCGCCAUGGACGGGCUGCGCGAGGUCAUGCCUUACGCUCACGGCCCGUCGGUGCGCAAGCUCUCCAAGAUCGCCACGCUGCUGCUGGCGCGCAACUACAUCCUCAUGCUCACCAACUCGCUGGAGGAGAUGAAGCGACUGGUGAGCGAGAUCUACGGCGGCCACCACGCGGGCUUCCACCCGUCGGCCUGCGGCGGCCUGGCGCACUCGGCGCCCCUGCCCGCCGCCACCGCGCACCCGGCGGCCGCCGCGCACGCGGCGCACCAUCCCGCGGUGCACCAUCCCAUCCUGCCUCCCGCAGCCGCGGCCGCCGCCGCCGCGGCCGCCGCCGCCGCCGUGUCCAGCGCCUCCCUUCCCGGCUCCGGGUUGUCGUCAGUCGGCUCCAUUCGGCCCCCGCACGGCCUGCUGAAAUCUCCGUCGGCGGCAGCUGCGGCCCCGCUGGGGGGCGGGGGCGGCGGCAGCGGGGGCGGCGGCGGCUUCCAGCACUGGGGCGGCAUGCCCUGCCCCUGCAGCAUGUGCCAGGUGCCACCGCCGCACCACCACGUGUCGGCCAUGGGCGCCGGGAGCUUGCCGCGCCUCACCUCUGACGCCAAGUGAGCCGACCCGCGCCGGAGCGCUCUGGCGAGCGGGAGAUCCGGAGGCUGAGGGGAAGCGAGGACCGGCCGAGGCGGGGGCCGGGGAGCUCAGCCCAGAGGAGGAGCUCAAGACCUUGGGCUGGGGGUGGGGGGCGAUGGUGAGGACUCCAGCACUCAACUGUGGGGAGUGAGUGGAGCGACCCGGGUUAGCCCUCUUUAAACAGCGCGGGUCCGUAGACACCAUUUUAUAAGAAGGCACCGCGAUGUCCACCCCUUCCUCAAUCCCCCUCCCCUGCAAAAAGAGAUGAUUCAAAAAACUGAUUUCCCGGGGAACACGGACUCACUCAGCCUGGGCUGCACUUCGUUUCGCGGGGUGAUGGGGCGGGAGAGGAGCGUUAGGGACUCCCUCUCCGUUCGCCUUUCUUGGCGGGUAGGCGGUUCCGGGAGCAGCGCUCCCGGGGCGGCCGUCGGGUUCAGGCCUCGCAGGCAAGGGUCGUCUCUGGCCUUGGGCCAGGGACUAGGAGUUAGUUGGAAGCUGACAUUUGGUACCAGAAGCACUUACGGGUCGUGUCCAAUCUCAGUAUCUGGUAAACCCACCACCGUUUGAGAGCUGUUGCCAGUCCUCCUCGUCUUACUGGUUUAAGGCUUGUGGUUUUAAAAUCUGUCGAUGUCCCUUUUUCCACAAUACAAACUAGCUUUAUAGACAGUCAGUAUAGAACCACCUGUGGAUUGGAACAACCUAAAACCGUCGGCUUGAGGAGCGGGUGUUUUUCAGUUAUCUUUAAAUGGAAUUCCCCACUCCCCACCCCAUUCUUUCUGUCUCUGAGCACAAAGUGAUUGGGUUCCUUACCCGACUGGGGCACUUGUGGUGAUUGAUACCUGAGAGUUUGACAGAACUCAAAGGCUGUUGCUGUGAAUAUAGUUUGGGUUAUUUGGGGGUUCUGUUGGCUUUUUAAUUUUUUCUUUCUUGGGUGUGUAAAUAUAAUAUCAGCGAUGAGGUAAGUGCGUGCUGCUAAGCUGUAUGCUCACGUGACUGCCAGUCCUACCCGAGUCUAAGCCGGGUUUCCUCUGUAUUGGUUUCUUUUUGCCACGUUUAACACAAAUGACAAACUCCACGUGCUUCCUGCGUCCGCGCAAACCGCCUCAGCGCUGCCAGCGUUACAAUUGGGCUUCACAGCGUCUGCCACAUAACAUCCCUCCUCUGACCGCUGCCCCUCGCAGAGAGUGUAUCAUCUGUUUUAUUUUUGUAAAAAGAAAAAAGUGCUAAAUAAUAUUUAUUACUUGUUUGGUUGCAAAACGAAAUAAAUGAUCGAGUGUCGAGAUUUUAAAUAAAA